GCCCAACUGUUGAGUCUAUUGAAUGCAGCCAUUAAUUUAGUUGGUUCUUCGUGGAGUAAAAUUACAUAUAUUGGCAACAGUGUAUUUGAAAAUGAAACGAAUUCUAAACAGAAACAUACGAUUGUAUGAUAUGUACGUAAUCUAGUGUACGUUAAAAUGGUGAAGAAAUUCGUGAUACCUUUAAUGAAAGAUGAGCUUUUAACAUCUCAUGCCGAUCAAUACUUCGUCGAGGAGAUUAUUCCUCUACGAAUGAUAUCACAAUUUCUUGAUGGUACACGAUCAGCAUUGCAAGAGAAUGGCGCGCAUUUUAUUUUGGACCACUUUGACACAUUCUUUUCUGUUGUUGUUCAUGGCAAUAAAGUAGAACUUGAAGUUUGUGUGCGUUCUUUCAACAGAAUUUCUAAGGCUGUGGAAAUACUUGUGGUUGAUUUGGAGAAAAUAUUUGAUCAUGGAGAUGAUAUUACUGAAGAAGACAGAGAAACAUAUUUAUGCAUCAAUAAAAUGCUGGCAUAUUUAUUUUCGUGGUUUGUUUGUCAUAUAAAUAACCACAUCACAAGGAAUUCUAGUGAAAAUAAUACUGGAAAGAAUAAAAAAACUGAUAAGACAACCGUUGAAAAAGAUUGGGAGGAAACUACGCCGAAAACUCUGGAGCUUUUAUACCGAUGGUUGCAACUACCAUUAUAUAAAAUCUGGCGACCACCAAUUGUUGAAAGUUCAUUUGUUACGACUUUGGCACAGAUAUGUUACAAAAUAUUGGAACAGAAUAAAGAUGUAAAGCAAAAGUACAUAAGAGAAACUGUAUUUGAGAUUUUGGGAACUUUGAUAAAGAAAUACAAUCACGGGAUAACAUGCGUUGUAAGGAUCAUCCAGUUGGUGAAGUUAUGUGACUCGCUGUCGAUUCCUAUAGCAGCCGGUGUAGUUCACAUGGCCACGUCCUGCAGCUGCAACGGUCUGAUCAAGGAAGUGAUGAAUGAAAUCGGACAGAAUGAUGUGGGCGAGGCGGACAGCCGCAACAUAUCUACAUUCCUCGAGAACAUCGCGAUCUUGGAACCCAAUCUCAUAAUUCCCAUCCUUGAUGAAAUCACGGACUAUCUGUCGAAUGACUUCUACACAAUGAGGAACUGCGUGAUCGCAGUUUUGGGCGCUGUUGUGCAAAAAGCACUGACCAGCGAGGAUCUCACGGAGGAGCAGAAAGAGCUGCGCGACGACUGUCUGAACAACUUGGAAGAGCACAUUCUGGACUGUAAUUCUUAUGUGAGAUCGAAAGUGUUGCAGACUUGGCAACGUUUGUGCUGUGAAGGCGCUGUGCCGUUGGCGAGGUACGGAAGUCUUCUGGCCGCAACCGCGUUACGACUAGAGGAUAAGAGUGCAAACGUUCGCCGACAAGCUCUGCAAUUGUUGCGCACCUUAUUGCAGAGCAAUCCCUUCGCCGGCAAGUUAAAUUGUAUUGAACUGUCCGCUUCAUUGGAGAAAGAGCGAGCAAAGUUGCAGGAACUAAAAGCUCAAGUCGCGAGUGCUAGUGAACGCGGCCAUGCGCAAAGAUUUGAACUCUGGACUGCAUUAUUACCGGAUAUAAAAACUGCAAUAGAAAAAGUUUCAAAAGAUGAUAAAAUGGAACACGAAAAUGACAAUGCAGACGUCGAGCAAAAUGAGAAUGUCGACCCCGAUCACGUAUUUGAACACGUGCGACAACUACUGUUAAAUCAAAAAGUCACCGAGGCGGUUAAAUAUUUGUGGAAAAUCUGUACAAAAUUGAAAGAAGCACCGGAUAUGGAAAAUCUUUCAGCCGAGGCGAAGGAAGAAUGCCUGUUUGCUUUUUUGCUGAAGAUCUUCAUAGAAUCGGAGGAUCAAGCGGCGGAUAACAUCGAGAACGCGAACGAUGCGAAGAAGUCGAAGAAGGAUGAGAAGAUCAACCAGGAGAUAACCAAGCGGAAAUGCAUUGUAAACUAUGUGAAGAAUUGUCUCGUGUUCGCCACCGAAUUGGAGAAGGCGAUACCAAUGGCGGAGAAGUUACUGUUCUCCAUAUGCGCGGGCGAUGCCAUCGAAUCAUGCACAUUUCUGGGCACAGCCUUCCAGUUCGGAGUAGCCGGAGCGGCUAGCUGCAUACGCAACGCUCUGUUUCAAGUGUUCCAUCGCGAUCAGUCGGUGCGCAAGAAUAUCGCGGUAGUAUACAAAGAGAUUUACCUGGACGUGAAUGACAAGCUAUCGAACCGUCAGAAAGCCGUUACCCUCUCAAAUCGUCUUAUCGACUUGUUGAAGGAGCUACAGCCCGGACAGAGCCCGGCUCUCGUUCAGCUAGUUGCGACGUGGUACGAGAAUGAUGAAUUGAACAGCGAAUUGUUGCAGGUAUUAUGGGAGAAAUUCUCCAUGAAAUAUCCGGAUACGUCGCCAAUAAACAGCAGAGCCGCGCUAAUGAUGAUAACGAUGAUAGCUCAAGCUGAAACCAACAUAGUUAUCGACAAUUUGGACGUGUUGGUGAAAGUAGGACUAGGCGCGCGCGCGAAAGAGGAUCUCCUUUUGGCGCGGGAUACUUGUAGAAUGUUGUUGAAAAUAAAGCAAGCCAGUAAAGACAUCGAAAAGGCACCGUUGAGAUACUCCAACGACCACGACAUGUUCCGAGAAAUUCUGACAUUAUUAACGGACAAUUUUGCCAGUACAAAUGAGAAUGUUUAUAUUUCUUUCGCGACGGAUGCAAUAAACACUGUAUAUCACUUAGCGAAUCAGCCAAAUAAGCUGAUAAAGAAAUUAUUACUGGACAUUAGCGAGAAAGGUCAGAUCACUAGUAAAGAAACUGCUCAAAGUACCGAGGCGUUUUACAUCGUGCUCUCGCAACUGCUGUACAUAGUCGGACACAUUGCCAUCAGAGAGAUGGUGCACUUGGACACGUUUGUCUAUAAAGAACUGAAGCGUAGAAACGCAGUGCGAGAGAUGCAAGGCAAGGGCAAGAAGCAAGCGACAAAGUGCAUGUCCCCGUCGUUCAACAGAAAUAGAUCCAUGCGACAUGCCUCCAAGAGCCGAAACGUAAGUCAGAUAAGUAUCGCACAAGAGGAUAACGGCGAAGAGGCUCUGGAAGGAGCGAUGGACGACGCCGAGGCGGAAUUCGUGCACAACGCGCUCGAGAACGAGAUUCUCACCGGAGAUGGCUUGCUUGCGAGAUUCGUUCCACUGGUGUUGGAUGUGUGCAAGUUUCCCGAGAAAUACAACAAUGAGAAUCUACAGGCCGUGGGCUCGCUCGCGCUCAGUAAGAUGAUGACUGUAAGUUCCGAAUUUUGCGAGCAGACCUUACAACUAUUGGUAACCAUAUUGGAACGGUCACCAUAUUCUGGCAUACGAUCUAACAUGCUGAUCGGAUUAAGUGAUCUCGCCACCAGAUUCCCCAAUCAAGUGGAGCCAUGGUCGAAGCAUAUCUAUGGCAGACUCCGAGACACGGAUGUGAGCGUACGUAAAACUUGCGUCCGUAUGCUAUCCAAUCUCAUAAUGAGAGAGAUGAUACGCGUCAAGGGCCAAGUUUCGGAAUUGGCUCUGUGCAUUAUGGAUGAAGACGAGCAGAUACGACAGGACACGAAGGAAUUCUUCAAUCAACUCGCUCAGAAGGGCAACGCUCUUUAUAACGUGGUACCUGAUAUACUGUCGCGUUUGGCGGAUCCUGAAUUGAAUCUCGAAGAGAAACGGUUCCAAGAAACCAUCAAAUAUAUUCUCAGUCUCCUACAAAAAGAAAAGCACGUCGAUACUAUAAUCGAGAAGAUUUGUGCUAGAUUCAAAUUGGCCGUCACGGAGAGACAAUGGCGUGAUCUUUCUUAUUGCCUUUCGCUUCUGCAAUUCAGCGGAAAGAGUAUACGUCGCCUCAUCGAGAACCUACCGCUGUUGAAAGACAAGAUUCACUAUAAGCCGGUGUUAACGGCGUUGCAUAGUAUUGUCGAGCAAGUAAAGAAGCGAGCAGAUACAAAGGCCAUCGGUACAGAACUGGAGGAAAAAAUUCAAGAACUCCUUGAAUCCGACACGAACUCAGAGGUAACGGACAACCAGCUUAUGCCGCCUCCGUCUACCGUGUCGAGGAUCAAGAAGAACGUACGGCGAAGCAGACUUAAGCACACGAGCGACGAUGAGGAUAGCUCCGAUAGCGAAGAGGAUGCGGAUGAUGCGAUCGCCGUCAAAUCGAAAAAUAAUAAAGAAGUGUCAGCGAUUAGCAGAAAGAUGUCCCGUAAAAAGUCAAUAAAAAAUGGCGACGAUGACGACAAUGAGAAAGAAGACGAUGGUAACAACGAUAACAGUUAUCCACUUACUUCGACGCCUACAAUACAGGGCAAACGAUUGCAUUCACGAAAAGCAAGUACAAGCACAACGCUCAAUAAUGGAAACAGUAUUUCACCGUGCCUGAAACGUAGCAAAACUGAUAAAACACCACGGAAGAUCCCGAUCAGAAUCUCAGCUCGACUGUCUCGAGAUCGCAAAUAACAUUUUCAGUUCUUUUUGGAACGUAAGAUAGAUAAUUUUAACAUAAUUUUAAUUCAAAUCCCCUUAAGAAUAUUAUUAUUCGCAAUUAUACAUUUGAUAAUAUUGCAUUGUCGUAUUAUAAGCCGAUGUAUUAAAAUCAUUGAUACAAGUA